UCAGUACACAAAACGGCAGGUUGCCAUGUACAUGUGACGUGGGACCUUAUAUCGAUCAUGAUCCCUAAUAUAUUACAGGUAUACAUAGAUGCAAGCCUAGUCUAUUCAGUCAUUACUAAUCGGUUAUCAUCCCUGUAUAAGAGCCGCUUGAUUUCACCUGACAAUAUUACUGGGAGUUUUAAAACCAGAAAGGCCGAGAUUCUUAACGUGUGAGAUACUGCGUCUUUAACUGCUACUAACUGAACGUAACACCUGGCACAGGAGGAGAUUAUAAGAUGUUGUCAAGCGUUUGAUAUUGGGAUUCAUCGAUUGAUCGAAGAGAGCCAAAUGAGAUAUGUAGCAACAAGAGGAACAAGAGCCAGGACAUUGUUUACUAUUGAUUCGUAUUAGAAUCCAGAUGACGGCGAAGACACCAAUGCGCCUAAUGGAGGUAUCGUGAUCGCCACUGGAGGUUGUCAUAUUUCAUGAUAGUUAAAAGAUAAAUCAAAACGUACAGGCACUACCUAGAACAGACAAUGUCCAAUCCUGCUCGCCAAAUAAACAAUCGGCGAUUACCUCCGCUGCCAGGGUUGGGCAGAAGGGGAACAAGUCCCCAGACUCAGAGGAAAAGCGGAGGAACCAACAGACAUUAUGGAGGGGCAACUUCGCCCCGAGAUAGGUACAAUAACAGCUAUAGCAGCCAGCAAUAUGACAUGGUUAUACAAGGACACAAUACAAUUGGAUCUGCCAGCCAUCACCAUAAUAACAACAAAUCAAAUCACAGUACCACAUCAACGGAUGCCCUCUGCCCUUUUGAUCUCACACCCGAUGCAGUGACGUCAUUCCUUAAUGAUAAUCCGGAGUUUCUGGAGAAAUACGUCGUUCGUAAUGUCAAUAGUGACCAAUUAGAACGAUGGAUCAUCAAACGAACACAAAACGCUAACAAGGAAAAUGGCAAGCGUAGAGGAUCAGAUGUUGAAAAUGGGAUCAAUGGGGAAUCUGAACUGCGAGAUGGCAGCGGGUUGCUACGCUGGAAGAUGGGCCAUCACCCCGACAAGAGGAAGAUAUUACAAGAACUCACAAAGGACAUACACCAACACCCUAACAAAGCCCAGGUUCUUAGCGAGCUGACAAACUGUGUAGCUUCGGCAAUAAAUGCCGAUGGAUUUAAUUUAUACCUCGUGGAUGAAAAUGGGCGGGAUUUAUAUUACUUCAAGCCCAACUCUAACAACACAAAAAAUUCAACGGUGUGGAGUGGCCGAAUAGGCAAUGGGGGAACGUUAGGAGCUUAUAUAGCAGAAACUCAAGAGGCCCUUAGACUCACAGAGGUCCUAGGGGAUGAAAGGUUUCCCGAUGGUAUAGCAGUUGGAGGUGAAACAGCACAAGCAGUAUUAGCGCAACCUAUUAUACAAACCAACUCUGCAACGUUGGGUGUGGUAGAGUUGUACAGAAAUGCUGGUAACCAGCAAUUCACAGACGAAGAUGAAGAGGUGACGUCUAGCGCCCUCCAGUGGUGCCCGGUGCUAUUAACAUGCCAAGAGGUAAUGGCCGCUUUAGGUGUAGAUCCCGUAGACGUGCUAGGCUCGAUUACAAGCAGUUUUUUGAUGUGGGGUGGAGUAGCAACUUCUAGUGCUGAGAUUUGUAACAGUAUACUGGUAUGGGGAGCUUUUGGAAUCUACAAUGCGGAGAUGUAUCACGGCAUGACAAAACAGCGAAAGCUGAAUGAGUUUCUACUCGCAGUCACUAAGUCGAUAUUCCAAGAUAUAGUCAGCAUGGACACAGUCAUCAUGAAAAUUAUGAACUUUGCUCAAAAAUUGGUAAAUGCUGAUAGAGCAUCACUGUUCCUGGUUGACAACCAAACAAAAGAAUUAUACGCUCGGAUAUUUGAUAUAGGCAACGGUUUGGGUGCUCAGCCUGUAGAUGGACAACAAAAAGAAAUUAGAUUUCCAAUGGACAAGGGAAUCGCUGGUCAUGUAGCGACUACCGGUAAUACUCUCAACAUCUCUGAUGCUUAUGGCGAUGACAGGUUCAACAGAGAUGUUGAUGCCCAGACAGGCUAUACUACGAAAACAAUUCUGUGUAUGCCAAUAUAUAUUCGUGGAAGCAUAAUAGGAGUCGUUCAAAUGGUGAAUAAAACACAUGGCGUGUUUACAAAAUCAGACGAAGAGUCAUUCGAAACGUUUGCAGUGUACUGUGGCUUGGCCCUUCACCACGCAAAGCUUUAUGAUAAAAUCCGUCGGUCUGAACAAAAACACAAGGUUGCACUUGAAGUACUAUCCUACCAUAGCCAAUGCACAGAAGAUGAGUUUUCUCAAUACAAAGACCGAGUCAUACCCACAACACUACCUGAUGUCACACUAUACGAAUUCUCGCCAUGGGGAGUAUUGAAUGAAGACAAGCCCCAGUAUGUCCUGUACAUGUUCAAAGACAUCUUCAACAUGUCAAGGUUCGACAUUAGCAGUUUGAUAAAGUUCACAUUGACUGUGAGAAAGAAUUAUCGUAAUGUGCCAUACCACAAUUGGAGCCAUGCUUUCUCGGUCGCCCACGCCAUGUACACUGUCAUAAAGACCACGGACAAUAUAUUCAACCCUCUUGAGCGACUGGCAUUGUUUGUUGCAUGCCUCUGUCACGAUGUUGAUCACCGGGGUUACACAAAUGCCUUCAUGGUGAAGACUGCGAGUCCCCUAGCAGCCAUAUACUCCACUUCAACUAUGGAACAACAUCAUUUUAAUCACACCAUCUCAAUCUUACAACGUGAUGGUCACAAUAUAUUCAAGCACCUGACAUCAGAUGAAUACAAGAAAGUCUUAAGUGACAUCAAACAUUGUAUCCUGGCCACAGAUCUGGCAUUGUUUUUCCCCAACAGGGCGAAACUAAAGGAUCUUUGUGAAAAGAAAGAGUUUUCAUGGGAAGCCCAAGACCACAGGCGGUUGAUACAGGCUAUAGCCAUGACGGCUAGCGACCUUUGUGCAAGCACCAAACCUUGGCAAGUGCAGGUCAGCACAGUCAAGGUCAUCUUCGAGGAGUUCUAUGCCCAGGGUGAUGAAGAGAAGGCACAAGGAAACCAACCCAUUCCAAUGAUGGAUCGAGACAAAGCCCAUGAGCUACCGCAGAGUCAGGUGGGCUUCAUUGUUGGCAUAUGCCUACCAUGUUAUGAGCUCCUGGCCAACCUACUACCAGGUACACAACCAAUGGUGGAUGGAGCUAACACUAAUUUAAAACAAUGGAAGGUUUUAGUAGAUGAACAGAAACAAAAGGAAGAAGAGAAGUUAAAGAAAGAGACUGAGAACGGUGCCAAAGCAAUAGAAAACAAAAAAGAUUAAUCUCAUUAAGUCAAAUUUAAAGCCCACAUCGGCCAAAACCAGUGUGUAUCAUCAAAAAGCAUGUUUUAUCAGGGAAUUUGAAAGAACAGUGAUCAAAAGCAUAUAAUUUGUGAUGAGCUAUAUUGAUCAAAAUGAUAAAUUUGCCUAAACAUCAACAAAAUAUCAAAUUAUUUUAUUCGGCCCAAAUUAAGAGAAAAACUACAAAGACCGAUCAAAAUAUUAUUUUUCAAACUUAAUAUCAAAUAUGAAAAUAUAAAAAACCUAUUCUGAACAAAUUAAAGUGGAUAUACCCUAAAAUGUGGAAAAAUCUACGUAUUUAUGUGUAAAUGGUUUUUGUUAUGUCAUGUCCUGUUGUUAAGAAAAUAAUAACAUAAAAAGGCAUUUGUUGUUAAACCAUAUAUCAUAUUAUUAGUGCAACCAAAUAAGUCAUUGCAAUUAAUACACAAUUCUGACCCUCAAAGUGGAACCAGAAACAAUUAUACUGCAAUUAUUUUGAAUGAAUGAAUAGGCAUUGCAAUAGUGUAUCCCCGAAUUGUAAAUAUGAGAGAGUAUAUGUGAGAUGUUGUAUAUUUUAAUUUAUUGUUUUAUAAAUGAGCAGGGGUGGAUAUAUGAGAUGUUUUGCCUAAAAAUGAAAUGCCUUUGUACCUGUACAUGAUGUAUUCUUUCUAUUUUGUGUAACGUGUACAAUACAUUGUAUAGAAUUCAUAACCUCCAUUUACAAAACCGUGUACAAAACAAGCUGCUCUCUACCUCUUUCAUUUCGCACUGCAUUGAUAUCUGCAGAUGCUCGUAUGAUAUGAAAUCUUGUUAUCUUUUAAAAUUCCAAAGUUUAAUUUAUAUCCUCAAUACUGAUGACGUAUUAAGCUUUGUAAUGUUAUAAUGCGUCAUAAUUUACUGGUAGUAUCAGGCUUGAUUGGAUACAUAUGGAAUUGUUCUUAUUCCCAUAGUUGUACAGUUCAUGUAUUUGUUUAAUAUUAUGAUGUUAUUUCUAAGAUAUUUAUUUAAAUGGUAUAGUCUGCCAUUGACGCACUUGUUCAUGUUUCCAAUACAAUGUAAAAAGUUAAAGAGUGGUACCAUCUGGAAAGAAAAUGGUUUUGAGUCAUACAUUUCUCUAAUAUGACAAGUUUUAUAUUGACUUGAAUUCCGUAAUACAAUGUAUUCAUUGUGUAACAUUAAUAAUGUACCCGACCGGUAACUGUAAUAAUAUCAUGCCCCCCCCCCCUCCAUGCCUCAUGUUUUGGCUGUGCAAUAUUCUAACAGAAAAGUAAGUGCUUAUUUAUUUGUGGAGUCCCUUUAUGUCACUUUUACCAAACUCCGGAAUAUUUACUGAAAUGUAUG